AUGGACAAGCUGCCGCCGUCCAUGCGCAAGCGGCUCUACAGCCUCCCGCAGCAGGUGGGGGCCAAGGCGUGGAUCAUGGACGAGGAAGAGGACACCGAGGAGGAGGGGACUGGGGGCCGCCAGGACCCCAGCCGCAGGAGCAUCCGGCUGCGGCCGCUGCCCUCGCCCUCACCCUCGGCGGCCGCGGGCGGCACGGAGCCCCGGGGCGCGGCCCUCGGGGCGGCGGACGGUGAGGGGCCGGCCCGCGGCGCGGGCAAGUCCAGCACCAACGGCGACUGCAGGCGCUUCCGCGGGAGCCUGGCCUCACUGGGCAGCCGGGGCGGCGGCGGCGGUGGCGGCGGCGCCGGAGCGGGGGGCGGUAGCAGCCACGGGCACCUGCAUGACUCCGCGGAGGAGCGGCGGCUCAUCGCCGAGGGCGACGCGUCCCCCGGCGAGGACAGGACGCCCCCGGGCCUGGCGGCCGAGCCAGAGCGCCCCGGCACCUCGGCUCAGCCCGCAGCCUCGCCGCCGCCGCCCCAGCAGCCGCCGCAGCCGGCCUCCGCCUCCUGCGAGCAGCCCUCGGUGGACACCGCUAUCAAAGUGGAAGGAGGCGCGGCCGCCGGCGACCAGAUCCUCCCAGAGGCCGAGGUGCGCCUGGGCCAGGCCGGCUUCAUGCAGCGCCAGUUUGGGGCCAUGCUCCAGCCCGGGGUCAACAAAUUCUCCCUGAGGAUGUUUGGCAGCCAGAAAGCCGUGGAGCGCGAGCAGGAGAGGGUGAAAUCGGCCGGAUUUUGGAUUAUCCACCCCUACAGCGACUUCAGAUUUUAUUGGGACCUGACCAUGCUGCUGCUGAUGGUCGGAAACCUCAUCAUCAUUCCUGUGGGCAUCACCUUCUUCAAGGAUGAGAACACCACGCCCUGGAUCGUCUUCAACGUGGUGUCGGACACAUUCUUCCUCAUCGACUUGGUCCUCAACUUCCGCACAGGGAUCGUGGUGGAGGACAACACUGAGAUCAUCCUGGACCCCCAGCGGAUUAAGAUGAAGUACCUCAAAAGCUGGUUCGUGGUAGAUUUCAUCUCCUCUAUCCCUGUGGACUACAUUUUCCUCAUCGUAGAGACACGCAUUGACUCUGAGGUCUACAAGACAGCCCGGGCCUUGCGUAUUGUCCGCUUCACCAAGAUCCUCAGCCUCCUGCGUCUCUUGCGUCUCUCCCGCCUCAUUCGAUACAUUCACCAGUGGGAAGAGAUCUUCCACAUGACCUACGACCUGGCGAGCGCCGUGGUGCGCAUAGUGAACCUCAUUGGCAUGAUGCUUCUGCUCUGCCACUGGGACGGCUGCCUGCAGUUCCUGGUGCCCAUGCUGCAGGACUUCCCCGACGACUGCUGGGUGUCCAUCAACAACAUGGUGAACAACUCCUGGGGAAAGCAGUACUCGUACGCACUCUUCAAGGCCAUGAGCCACAUGCUGUGCAUCGGGUACGGACGGCAGGCGCCCAUGGGCAUGUCGGACGUCUGGCUCACCAUGCUCAGUAUGAUUGUGGGCGCCACCUGCUAUGCCAUGUUCAUCGGCCAUGCCACGGCCCUCAUCCAGUCCCUGGACUCCUCCCGGCGCCAGUACCAGGAAAAGUACAAGCAGGUGGAGCAGUACAUGUCCUUCCAUAAGCUCCCACCGGACACGCGGCAGCGCAUCCACGACUACUAUGAGCACCGCUACCAGGGCAAGAUGUUCGAUGAGGAGAGCAUCCUGGGCGAGCUGAGCGAGCCGCUGAGGGAGGAGAUCAUCAACUUCAACUGCCGGAAGCUGGUGGCCUCCAUGCCGCUGUUCGCCAACGCGGACCCCAACUUCGUGACCUCCAUGCUGACCAAGCUGCGCUUUGAGGUCUUCCAGCCUGGGGACUACAUCAUCCGUGAGGGCACCAUCGGCAAGAAGAUGUACUUCAUCCAGCAUGGCGUGGUCAGUGUGCUCACAAAGGGCAACAAGGAGACCAAGCUGGCAGAUGGCUCCUACUUUGGAGAGAUCUGCUUGCUGACUCGGGGUCGGCGCACGGCCAGCGUGAGGGCAGACACAUACUGCCGCCUCUACUCGCUGAGUGUGGAUAACUUCAAUGAGGUGCUGGAGGAGUACCCCAUGAUGCGGCGGGCCUUCGAGACGGUGGCGCUGGACCGCCUGGACCGCAUCGGCAAGAAGAACUCCAUCCUCCUCCACAAAGUCCAGCACGACCUCAACUCAGGCGUCUUCAACUACCAGGAGAACGAGAUCAUCCAGCAGAUCGUGCAGCAUGACCGCGAGAUGGCUCACUGCGCUCACCGCGUCCAGGCCGCCGCCUCUGCCACCCCGACCCCCACGCCGGUCAUCUGGACGCCGCUGAUCCAGGCGCCGCUGCAGGCCGCCGCGGCCACCACCUCGGUGGCCAUCGCGCUCACCCACCACCCCCGCCUGCCCGCUGCCAUCUUCCGCCCCCCUCCCGGCCCCGGGCUAGGCGGCCUCGGCGCGGGGCAGACGCCCCGGCACCUGAAGCGGCUGCAGUCCCUGAUCCCGUCGGCGCUGGGCUCCGCCUCGCCCGCCAGCAGCCCGUCGCAGGUGGACACGCCGUCUUCCUCCUCCUUCCACAUCCAGCAGCUGGCCGGCUUCUCCGCGCCCGCGGGCCUGAGCCCGCUCCUGCCCUCGUCCGGCUCCUCCCCGCCCCCUGGGCUCGGCGGCUCCUCCCCGGCUCCCACGCCUUCGGCCUCCGCAGCCGCCACCGCGGCCACCGGCUUCGGCCACUUCCACAAGGCGCUGGGCGGCUCCCUGUCCUCGUCCGACUCUCCGCUGCUCACGCCGCUGCAGUCCGGAGCCCGAUCGCCGCAGGCCAACCAGCCGCCGCCCCCGCUGCCGGGGGCCCGCGGGGGCCUGGGACUCCUGGAGCACUUCCUGCCGCCCCCGCCCUCCUCCCGGUCCCCGUCGGCCAGCCCCGGGCAGCUGGGCCAGCCACCUGGGGAGCUGUCCCCGGGCCUGGCCGCCGGCCCGCCAAGUACGCCAGAGACGCCCCCGCGGCAACCCGAGCGGCCGUCCUUCGUGGCGGGGGCCUCCGGGGGGGCUUCUCCCGUAGCCUUCCCCCCCCGCGGAGGUCUCAGCCCCCCAGGCCACAGCCCCGGCCCCCCAAGAACUUUCCCAAGUGCCCCCCCUCGGGCCUCCGGCUCCCACGGUUCCUUGCUCCUGCCGCCCGCCUCCAGCCCCCCAGCUCCCCAGGUACCCCAGCGCCGCGGCACGCCACCCCUCACCCCGGGCCGCCUCACCCAGGACCUCAAGCUCAUCUCAGCCUCCCAGCCGGCCCUGCCCCAGGACGGGGCGCAGACUCUCCGCAGAGCCUCUCCGCACUCCUCGGGGGAGUCCGUGGCGGCCUUCCCGCUCGUCCCCAGGGCCGGCGGCGUUAGCGGGGGCAGCGGGGGCCUCGUUCUCCCGGGGAGGCCCUAUGGUGCCGUCCCCGGCCAGCAUGUCACUCUGCCUCGGAAGACAUCCUCAGGUUCUUUGCCACCCCCUCUCUCUUUGUUUGGGGCAAGAGCCGCCUCUUCUGGGGGGCCCCCUCUGACUGCUGCCCCCCAGAGGGAACCUGGGGCCAGGUCUGAGCCAGUGCGCUCCAAACUGCCGUCCAAUCUAUGAGCGGGGCCCUUCCUUCCUUCUUCUCUCUUCUUUUUUUCUCCCUUCUUUCUUCCUUCAGGUUUAACUGUGAUUAGGAGAUAUACCAAUAACAAUAAUAAUUAUCAUUUAAAAAAAAAACCCACACCAGAAAAACAAAAGACAGCAGAAAAUAACCAGGUAUUCUUAGAGCUAUAGAUUUUUGGUCACUUGCUUUUAUAGACUAUUUUAAUACUCAGCACUAGAGGGAGGGAGGGAGGGGGGAGGGAAGCAGGCAGGGCCCCAAGGCAAAAGCCAGAAGAAGGCAGGUGGGGGUUUCUGGGGCUUGACGGCAGCAGGGGUGACCCACCUUUGGGGUUUCUUAGAGCAGAUCUGUUAUUGUAUCCGUUUUACGGCAACAGUCACCACCAGCCCCAUAGCUGUGAACUUGGAGCCCCAUUCUGUGGGGGUCAUCUUCUUCCCCCACAGGAAGGGGUUGCCCCUGGAUAUGUUCCUGGGGAGCCUCAGUCAUCUGGGUCUUUGAGACAAAAUGGGGCCAGGGCCCUGAGAGUCUUGCAUUUUUUUUCUACUGCAAACUUAGCAAGAUAUGUAUAUGAACAUGAACAUGUAUAUGUAUAUGUAUGUAAGAUGUGUAUAUGUAUAGCUAUGUAGCGCUCUGCAGAGCUGUGUAGAUAGCCACUCACAUGUGUGCACAUUGUAACCCCAUGUUGCCAGGACACCCAGGUCACCUUACAUCCAGCAACCCGUCCUGGCCCUCAGGCUGGGCACCACAGGGUCUGGGGAAGUGUUCUUUCCAGUCCUCAGGGAAGAGGACCCCAAGACCUCUCAGCAGGCUCCCUUCCUCACCAUCUCUGGUCUCAAGUCCAGUCCUAGCUCGAUAUCUCACCACCUGGAAGCAGAAGACCCCCUCCUUCCCUGUGGGGCUCAAGCACAUCCUCUCGCCUCCGUGGCCCUCCGUUUUCCUAUCUGUAUGGUGGGAGGUGAGGGGAACUUCUAUUUAUUGAGUCUGCUCUGUGCCAAGCACUGGUUUAGCACUUUACACACAUUAACCCCUUCAAUUUCACAAAGACCAUGAGGUGGGUACUCUGAUUCUCCCCAUUUCACAGGUGAGGAAACUUGAGUUUGAGGCCGUUUUUCCAGAAUUGCGUAACUAGGAGUGGCAGAGCCAGGAGUGCUAGGAGAUUUAAAUCCAUGACUGCCUGAGGCUAAAUCCUAGUUCCCUUCCGGAAGCAACUGUUGAGAGGGACUGAGUGACUCCCCGGGCAUGGUGGUAUGGAAAGACACCAGAUUUUGGAAGCAAUGAGACCUGGGUUCAAAUCCCAGUCCUGCCACUUCUUAGCUGUAUGACCUUGGGCGAGCUAUCAGACCUGAGUCUGUUCCCUCGCUUGUAAAAUGGGAAUGAUUAUGGUACCACUUCACAAGAACCUAUGAGGACCAGAUGAGAAAAGUAGCAGAUGUGAAAUGCCCAGCCUCGCGCCUGGCACACACCAUAGUAGGUGCUCAAUAAAUCACAUCUCUUCUGUUCCCUCCUCAUGUGCCCAGCCCACUGCUCCAACAAGCUAUGGUGAGAGCCCAGAGAACCCUGGCUGAGGGCUCCAGGACCUUAUGAUCUCAGGACACAGGAGGUGGCUGGGCCUCCUGAAGGGCCUCCUGUGGCCAGCCGCGGGCUUGAGCCAGGCCUUGAGAGGUGGGAAGAGUUAGGAGGAAGGAAGGAAGGAAGAGGAAGGAAAGGUAAGAGAAGGGGGGAAGCAAGAAAGGGGAGUGGGGUGGGAUGGAGGACACAGGAUGGGCCCGAGGUGGAUGUGCAGGUGUGGAGAGGGUUUGGGGUGGGGAUCCAGAGGUGUUGGAGGGCAGCCGGAGGGGACUGGCCUUGAUUCUGAAGGCACCCGGGAGCCAGAAGCAGGUUCAGAAUGGGGGCCUAUGUGAAAGCAGCUCAGAUGCCUCCUGAGGGACACUCCUCUUCUCCAACCAGACCCUGCCAGAGCCAAGGUUAGUGGUCUCCCUGCACCUGCCUAUCAGGCUGGAACAGGUUUGGCUGCCAAGACCUGCACAGUGGGGAGGGCUGGUCCCGCCAUGUCUAUCCAGAACCCCCUCUCCAUGCUCCAGCCAGAAUGAAGUCAAGAUCAGAUUUGGUCCUGAGUUGUCCUGGAAUGUGGGGCAGGUCCAUAUCUCCAUGGAGGGGCCACAUGAGAGGGAGGCAGUCAUCCAGGACAGAAGGUAGUGAGACAUCUUGGGAACCUGGGGAGAGACAAAGCAUCCAGCUGUGGUCUGUGUUGGGCAGGAGAAUGCCCCUUAAGAAUGCCCCUGGGGCCCAGGGAGUUUUCAGAGCUGGAAGGAUUUAAGUGGCAGCCUCCACCUGAGUCUGCCCCCCACCCUUCUAAGGAAGGCCAUAGGACUUGAUCCAAAGCCAGUCUAGUCCUGGAGGGGGUGGGGGAAGGGAGAGGAGCAGGGGUGGAGUGUGCAGGGGCAUGAGGCGUGAGGACCAUCCCCCUUGCCAUCAGGGCCUGGCCUCACCACCCUCUUCUCUGCACACGUGCGUGCGCACACACACACACAUGCAUUUUAUAAAAGCUCUGAUCCAGCCCAGCCACUCCUCAGAGACUGGGGAAACCAGGUCCAAUGAGUGGGCCAACCCAUCUCCAAACCCCCACAAGCAAUUUUCAAAUCUACCACUUUUAAAACAGAAAACGGUAAAUGCACCGUGUUGUAUAUUUUAUUUAAAUAAAAAAAUGCCAGCAGAUGCUGUCUUCUUCAGGGGUCAGGGAUUGGAGAAGCGAGUAAGGUCAGUAGGGUAGGCUGGAGGGCUCAAGAGCCAGGCUGUGGUGAGUGGGGAGGGCACAGCCCCUAGAGCACAUGUGGGCACUUGAGGGGCACAAACCUGUGACCCCAAGAGCAGGGGAGCAAAGAUGUGAGGGAGUGUGAGAGGGCUGGCUGUGGGUGCAGGUGUGCUUUGUUUAGGGGCUGGUGACUCAUUAAGGAGGAGUGUGAGUGAGUGUGUGUGUCCUUUGUCAGCUGGUGGACAUGUGAGACCCUGACUCAGACCCUGCCCCCACCGGCUGCCAGGAAUGGGACUCCUUGGUGCCCCCUGAAGGGGAAGGAGACAGUCACUGUGCAUGUGGACUCCAGUGGGAUACUGAAGUGGGAAAUGCCACCUUAGCCUGAUCAGAUGGGCCCUCAGAGGGUGGCUGGGGGACCAAGGGUGAUGGCUGGGGUAGGGCAUCAUGGUCAGGAUGGAGGGUUUCAGGCCAAGAAUGGGGCACAGCUGCUGGGCCCCUGUGCAGGUUGGGGAAUCUGAGGGCACACUGGGGAUGGGCGGCUUUGCUGUUCGGGGGUGGGGCACCCACUCCCUGCUGACAGACAGGGUCCCUGGGUUUGGCCCCCAGGCCGUCCAUGAAGCCUUCAGGCAGGUGCCCUUACCCCCUCCCCCACCUCCCUGGUCUGUGGAGGGUGCCCACCCGUCCUGCGCCUUGCUGGAUAAGGGAGAGGCAGCCAUCUGUGGCUGGAACGGUGAAGUCCCCAGGGCUCCCGGCUCAGAGCGAGGACUGCCUGCCAUGUGGCUGCCUGCGGGAGGAGGGGAAGUCCUCAGAAAAGGGCAGGGAACCCGGUCCCCAUCACUGAUUGCCAAGUGGAUGUUGUUUCCAUGGGAACCGGCCUCGGAGUCCCGUUGCUAGGAAGGUAGCUCCGCAGGCCCAGUGUCCCCAUGACAACUGCCCCCUGCGGCCCAGGCAGCGUGGUUCCUCAGGGACCGGUGGUGGGGAGGGCAGAGGUGGCCCGCGGGGCUGGCCUUUGAGGCUAAGGGGAAGCCUUUUCCAACAGUGAUGGAGUCCAGCCAAACCUCGAGGGCAGAAGUGCACCUGGGUGGUCCCAAUGAGAGUCACCCACACUCACCACCCCUGCCCAUCCAGGACAAAUCCCCCAGGUACCUGCACCGGGCCUUUCUCCUCCACUGUGGGCUAUGGGGGGCACGUGGGCAGGUGACACCGGCACUGUCUUCUCUGCUCCCUGAUUCCAAAAGGACACUAAGUAAAUACCCACCUUGUGCCAGUCGCUGGGUGCUUCCGCCUUCUCUCCCUCUACCUACACCACUCUGACUAGUAAGAAUUCACCUCCGUUACAGUGAGCCAAAGGGCAGGACGCUCAGCAGGGCAAGGAACUUGCCCCCAACCAUGCAGCUAGAAUAUGAAGGGGUCAGGAUGCACACCGAGUCCUGGGGACUCCACACCUGCCCCUUUCUGCUGGUGCCACACUAAGGAGCAGUCUGUCUGGGUGCAAGCAAGAAAGCUUGUGUUGUCUGGAAAAUUUUAAAAGCAAGAAUAAAAAUGACGAAAGUCAGUUGCUUUCUCUUAUCUGUCAUCAUCACCACCUACCAGCAAUUCUGAACAACAUUGGGGAUCCAAUAUUCCCUCCCCACUGUGACGAGCAGCCCCCCACCAGACGUGCCCCUUGCUUGGAUGCCUUGCCAAGGGCUGCCAGCCUGUGGGUGGGGGGGUGCAGGCCCGAAAGCCCCCUUUCCACCUUCACAGCAAUAAGCCAGAAUGACCUUGGUGAAAAAACGCUGAAAAAGUUUGACAAACCCUCCCUCAACUCUGUUUCUUCCUGCUGCUGGUGUUCGGCUUCUCAGCCAGACUUGGAGAGCUCUCUCUCAGCUUCGACCCUCCUGUCCCUUCCUUCCAGUCACUUCUUCCUCCACUGCAAUCUGGCUCCUGCCUCCUUGCCUCUGGUGGCCCCAGACCAGGUCAUGGGCGGCCCUCCCUGCACCCUGAGGGGCAGCUUUGCUGCCUGCAUGGCGGGACCCCGCUGACCCGGCUUGCCGGGGCUGCUGAGACCCCGCUCCUGCCUUUCUGUUCUACCUCUGUGUCAGUCUCAGCAUGAGAGGGCUACUUCUCUGUCCUCAAGGGUGGGUAAUUUCAGACCACCCCAGGCCCUCCUCUUCUCACUGUGCAUAUGCUUCCUGGAGAUCUCACCCAUGCCCUUGGCCCUCCUGGUUGCCCCCUCUGUUCGGGCCCCCAGGCCCCUGAGCUUCAGCCUGGACCCCUGCUGCUGGGGUCCCCUGGCUCCUCAUCCUUCUCUGACCCUUCUCUGAACCACCUCUUACUCUUUCUUGAGUUUGGAGUUUCCAGGGCCCCACAGAGCCACGGGCUCUAGUCCUGCCCUGGGCUCUGCAGAUUCCGCUUCUCCAGUUUUCUCUCUCCUGAGGGUAGAAAUUUCAUACACACAGAAGAAGAUAUAAAUAAACACAUAAUACAUACAUAAAAUAAGUACAUAAAUAAGACAUUAAAAAUAUAAGCAGCCAUGUACCAGUCACUCAGUUUAAAAAACAGAGCACAAGGAAUUCCUUUGAAGGCCUUGGUGCUGGUCCCCAACUGUAUCUCUCUCCCUCUCUCCAAGGAAAACCACUCAUCUGAACUUUCUCUCCUUCCCUUACUUUUCCUGGUACUUUUAUUGCCGAAAUAAAAUG